GGUUUAUCUAAGAGCGACAGUAAUGUUUAUCAUUAAAAAUAUUGUGCCGCAGAACGACAGAAGCAGCGUUAAUCUCCCAGGAUAUCCUGUGUGGGUGCACUGAUACUUACGCUACACUGCCGAGGGCACAACAUUUGUUCACAUACGUUAACGAAGCCAACUCCUUCUGAAGUGAGACCCUCGGUAAUAUCAUGUUUUCAUUAGACUCUCGUUAAUACCAUUACUAGAUUCCCUCGCCAACAACACCCCCUCCCUUGCGAAACUUUUACCCUGUACCCUCUCCAACAACACCCCAAGCUUACACACUCGCCAGUACAACCUCUCCCCAACACCAACCUUGGCCUACACCCUCGCCAACAUCACGGAUUCUCUACGUCCACGUCAUCACUUUUCCGUUUCACCGCCGUCAACACCACCCCAAACGCCAGUAAGGUGCAAGAAACGGAAUAGACCGAGUUUUGAAAAAUGGGCCACAUGCAUCUGGGUGCGCUGAUGAUUGUGGUGGUGGGUGUGAAGUUGAUUGUGACUGAGAAUCGGUCCAUCACCACUGCUCCCCAACUUCUCAAAUGCUGUCCCGGCAACGAAAUGCUGAACUCUGUUAUUGGAGCGUGUGCCGACUCUCCGAACACUCGUAAUCGGUUCCGUUCCAGUAUAUUUAAAGCAUAUCGGUAUCCCAGCUGCAGAAACAACUCCUACAUCUACAAGGAUGUAUCAAAGGACGUGAGCAUUCUCAAUGGCCAAAGCAGCAAUUAUCCUCUUGAUAAUCCAGAUAAAUUUUGUAUUGAAACAAUAGACUAUCAGAACGGCAAUUUUGUGAAGGUGGCCAUUAUCUGUGUAGACCAAGUUGAUGAAAGCUGCGGUCACUGGAAAUAUGAAAUUUUGGACCCGGUUCUUUUGGGACUCUCCUGCCUGACAUUGUCCAUCACAUUAUUCCGGAUCGCAUUCAGUGAAGAUUUAAGAACACUACUUUACGGGAAAUGCCUCAUGUCCAUGGUCGCUGCGAUGCUGGUUGCUUAUCUCACCAUAUUACUAAACAGACUAUUUCGUCAAGCAUUUAACACCGUAAUGUGUACUCUUAUGGCUGCAUCGAGCCUGGUGUUCAUCUUGGCUACGUUCUUCUGGAUGAACGUCAUUUGUUACAACCUGUGGAUCAUCUUCAGGUUAGAAGGCCAAAAGAGAAGCAGUCUGUGCUUCAUGUGGUGCAGCCUGUAUGCCUGGGGGGUCCCUCUUCUGCUGGGUGUCUUCAUGGUGGCAAUGGAUUAUAUCCUUCCAGAUAAGUCAAACCUGAAGCCUCGCCUGGAUACGCCUCAUUGCUGGAUUCGUGGAAUGGCGUCACUGUGGCUGUACCAGUAUGGCAUCAUCUUGGCCCUUCUUCUUGUGAACGUCGCUUUCUUCUGUCACCUUCUCAUCACCAUCACCGCCUUCUCUAAUAACAUGAAUACAACUAACAAAAUAAAAAACAUUGGAUGGGUGUUCUUGAAGAUGGGUGUGGUCAUGGGCGUGGUGUGGCUGACAGAGAUCGUUGCCAACGUCCUGGAGGAGUGUUCCAUAUGGAGAAUCAUCUUCGACGUGAUCAACAACCUACAAGGGGUGUAUAUUUACCUGGUCACCGUCGUGGGACAGGCCAAUAUAUGAAACACCACCAUAUGAACUUCCUAUCAACACCACCUAUUAUCUUAUUCCGCCUAUCACUAUACGCAGACUGUCAUUAAGCAGAAUCAUCCGACUUAACGUAGUUGGCAAAGGGUCGGCUAGUCGAAAAGGAAUUUUUUCGCUCAACGCUUGAAUUUAAAUAAAAAUUACGAUAUUA